AUGGCAAAAAACAUGUUGUUUCCUCCUUAUAUCGCUAAAUUUGGUUCCCAGAAAAUAACCGAAGCACAAUGGACAACCGCGCUCGAAGUUUGGACAACGAAUCUUUCAUUGCUUCUGAAAUCGAAGGAUGAAAAUUUUAGCAAACUCAUGUUGCGGAACGUGUCACUUCAAAAGUUCCUAGAGACAUUCUUGGGUAUUCGCGCAAAAUCUCGUAGGUGUUCAACCGAACAAGUAGACAGCGUCACCGAUUUGGAAUUGGAUAAAAAAGUUUUGGCCAUACUACUGCGGUUGUCAGAUCCUCAAACAGUUGCCCAAGAGACAGACAAGAGCGAUAGGCUCACGCUGACCGAGUACUUAUACCAAAAGGAAGUGAUUUCGGUCCCAUGGUUGCUCGACGUCGUUUCAACAUACGGGAGGUCAAACCUUGCUCACACGAGGAGGUACUUUGAUCAAACGAUGAAAUGCGUUCCAAACCUCAUACAGGAUUUUGAAACACAUUCCGAGGUAAUCAUCAAUUACCUCAAAGCCAUUCAGGAGAAAUUUCAGGAGAUGGCGACGAACGGUGACAAGGCAAGUAAAGAUUCCACGUUUGAUCCAAAAAAGGUCGAAGCGGUUCGGUCCUACCUCGCUUACGUUUCAGAUAUCGUAAUUACCUUAGAUUGCUUGUUCACAGUCUCAAAAUCAGUAGCAAAGGUAUUCAAUGAUAAACGGGAUUUUGCCGAAAAUUCAAACUUCCUGAUGUUUAUAAAAGAUUUCUAUGACAACACUGUGCCAAUAAUCACGAACCUCACGGCGGAAAAUGAGACCAAAGAUUUAGUCAUUUUAAAACAUGCGUUGGUUUCGCUGACGUAUCACAUAUUGGAUGCAUGUUACUUUAGUCCGAUUGGGUAUACGGCCAACGAAGAUGACAUUUAUUCGUUCACGAGAUCCGACGAAACAUCAGGAGACGAAGCGAAAAUCAACGAGAUAAUCGAGGGGAUGUUGGAUACACUCUUUUGGUUCGUCGAAUCUUCCGAACCAGAGAAGCCCGUUCAAACAUUUUUGGAUGCACCCUUGCUUUUGGAUCUGGAGAUUGAAUUUAACUUGAGUGGAAAAUUGACAAGAAUAGAAAAUGAGGUUUUCGAUGGAUAUCCUUUUCAAAAGAUCUCGUAG